AUGGAGCCCGGAGCCCCCGCGGAGCCGCGUUGCCGCCUGGAGCCAUGGCUGCACUAUGAGCCCGGUCCGGCGGUCCUCUGCGCCCUCGGCUGCGUCCUCGGCCUUCUCUAUGGCUGCGUUGGCCAUCGCUGCUUCAAAGCCAUCAUGUUCACCUCGGGGCUGCUCCUGGGCUCCAGCACCAUCUUCCUGCUGUGCUACAAGGAGCGCGUGUUGGAGACGCGGCUGAGCCUGGAGGUGAGCGCAGGCAUCGCGUUGGCCAUCGGCUCGCUCUGCGGGUUGGUCACCGCUCUGCUGCGCAGCGUCGGGCUCUUCUCCACCGGGCUGCUGCUGGGGCUGCUGCUGGCCGCGGCCGUGCUGGCAGCUGCUGCGCCGCUGGUGCCGCCGCUGAGCCCCUGGGUGCUGGUGGGGGUCCUGCUGGGCCCGGCGUUGCUCUGCGCCCUGCUGGCCCUGCGGUGGCCCAAAGCGCUGACCACGUUGGCCACUGCCGUCCUCGGCGCUGCCGUGGUGGCGGCGUGUGUGGAUUAUUUCGUGGAGGGGUUUGCUUUGGUGCUCCACGUCUCCGAGAGGCUGCGGAUGGCGGCGGUGGGGCAGCUCUGCUGGUACAGCUGGGUCGUGCUGGGGCUUUGGCCGGCGCUCAGCCUGCUUGGUGUCCUGCUGCAGCAACGGAAGCCAAAUGCCAGCAGAACCGAACCCCCUCCAAGUGCAGCCACCGCCACCAGCCUGCCCCAGUGACACACGGCUUGUGCAACACGUUGGCCUUGAGCUCGUGGGACCUGCAGCUGGAGAACGCAGCCCCCGGACCCGGCUGGGACCCCCAGUGAUGGC